AUGGAUAUUCCGAAGGAGCAGAUAGAGCAGAGGCUCAAUUUCAACGGAGACCCUCCAAACCCUCAUUCUUACGACAAUGGCAACGGCUUCAACCACUUCCAACCCCUCGAUUCUGGAUACGCUCUUAACCAUUCCGUUCCUCGCCCUCUCCGCAAACGCUCCUGGCACCACUCCAGCCAAGGAACUUCUCCAGAUCGAGUGGACGGUGCGUGUCACGUAAAAGUGUAUGUUGCUCCUGUUCCGAGAACUGCUACGGAAGCUGAGUUCUCCUUGUAUUACACCUCCCUCAUCAAAAGAGUUGCAUUUAGCCAUCUUUUGAUCCGCCCUGUUUUUGAAGAACAUGGAACUAUUGUUGAGGUAGUUCUUUUAAAAGAUAAGAGAACUGGUGAAAGGCAAGGAAGUUGUUUUGUAAAAUAUGCAACAUUUGAUGAAGCUGAUAGGGCUAUUAAGGCUUUAAACAAUCAAUAUACAUUUGCUGGGGAAUCAUAUCCUGUUGUUGUCAAAUUUGCUGAUCGAGAACUUGAACGUCUUGGGGUUCGAGGGUUCUGCCCUAAUAUGGAAAAGAAAGAUCCUUUAGAAGGCAAACAUCUCAGCCUUUUCCCGGAUAGCUAUAAAGUUUUUGUUAGUUGCUUCAACAAAGAGGCUUCAAAAAAGGAAAUUGAAGAACUAGCAAAAAAUGUUAGUUACCAACAGGUUAUUAUUCAUGUUGAGUUUCUGUUUGUGCAGAUAUUUUCCCCUUAUGGGCAUGUAGAAGAUAUCUUCAUGGCGACGAAACGGGGAUAUGCUUUUGUAAAAUUUUCUAAUAGAGAAAUGGCAUUGGCUGCAAUCAAAGGACUGAAUAGAACCUUCACGAUGAGAGGUUGUGAUCAUCCAUUAAUUGUUCGUUUUGCGGAUCCUAAGAAACCUAGGAUGGGAGAAUCAAGGGGCAACUAUUUACCCGUGAAUGCAAAUUUUGGACCUUGUUCUCAAGAACCAGCAGUAUGGCCACUACCAAAUUUUAGUGAUUCCAAUCGUGGAGGAAGUAUUUUGCCUAUUGCCCCGCAUCAUUCCACAAUUGCAAACCCACAAGUUCCUACUCAUAUGCAAAACUGGGAACCUGGUGCUACUGUGGUACAACAUCCAUUUCCUCCCCAACAAUUGCAUGCACAGUUGGCUUCAAUGCCUUUUGCUUCUAUUCAAGCUCCACAAUUGCCGUCCCAGCAAUUUAUUACUGAGGUGCAGAGACAACCGCAUCCAGCAGAUUCAUCAGUUCAAAAUAUAGAGCAGCAUAGUUCACAGCUGCCUUCUCAGACCGGAAGCAACCUUAGCACAGCUGCUGGCAGUACCCCACCCGAUAUGCCUUCAAGUCCUCAAGUUGAAGAUUAUCCAGAGUGUGACUGGAGUGAACACUACUGCCCCGAUGGUGUGAAGUACUACUACAACUGUAUCACUUGUGAAAGCAGAUGGGAGAAGCCUGAGGAGUAUGCCUUGUACGAGAAAGAAUCUACGAAGCAGCCGGAGCGGGAGGAUAAUUGCUGUAGUCUCUCACAAUUUUUGUUAUCUUCCUCUCUACAAGUUGCUGAAAAACAACAGAGAGGAACGCAUAAUGGGGAAGGAAUAGCGGGGGCCCAGUGGCUCUUCGAAGGUGGCGUAUCAUAUGCAUCCUCUUACUGCGCGUUGAUGGAUCAUAUGGCAUGCAGCACUUACUCAAUGAGGUUAAAUCGAAUUGUCAAUGGUUGA